GAUGAUAAUGAACCUCUCGAAUACUUUUACAUUUCGAGUGUCCUGUUAUAUAUACAUAUAUUUUUGCUUUGAUUUCACAGGAUUACGGCGAAAUUAAUCGUCUUAACGGGUGGGAUACAAGUCGUGAAUUAAAUAACAUAGAAUUCUCUUCACUGAGCUUAAGAGACUUGAGAGGUCAUGAAGUUUUCCGUGCGCCAGAAGUCUGAGGGAACCAGAUUUGGUGUUCUUAGCAUAGAGAAUCACGAAAUCCAGACUCCUUGCUGUUCACUGUACUCUCGUGGAGGCGUAGUACCUCACCUUACCACGGAUGUUUUAGACUCAAUGGGAAGUGUACCAUCCAUUUUCCAUUUAUCUCUUCAAACCACGAUUGAUCAACCAGGUAUUGAGACCAUUAACCAGUCUAACUACAAUGGAAUAAAACCAUUCUUAGGAUUGGAAGGAUUCAUUACUUACUUAUCAAUUCAAGAUCCUGGUCAAGAAGUGCGUCAAGGCUACAAUGAGGAAAAGUCUGUGUCAGUGUGGACACCAGGUGGCCGCAAAAAGCAUGGUAUAGGAUCUCCAGAAGAGGUAGUGUUGGCAGUGGAAUGUGGAGUUGAUAUUUUUGAUUCAUCCUAUCCUUGUCAAGUAGCAGAGAGAGGAUGUGCUUUGGAUAUUAAAUGGAGCAGAAAAAGAUUCAAACCAGAGCUCACAUAUUUACCCUCAGCUUCAGAGAGAUUAGAAGGAGAACUAAAAAAUUCAGAGGACAGUUUGAAUGAAUUAAGUACAAGUUCACAUCAAAAAGAAAUAGUGGGUGGUGGAACAUUGUUUGAAAUAAAUCUCAAUCAUACAAGGUACAGCUCAGACUUCACCUCUCUUGUUAGUGGUUGUACAUGUUACUGCUGUACAAAUCAUACACGGGCUUAUGUUCAUCAUCUGCUUGUCACCAAAGAGAUGCUUUCCAAAGUUCUUCUUAUGAUCCAUAAUCUACAUGAAUAUUGUCAGUUUUUCGCUGGCAUUCGUUUGUCAAUAGAGGAGGAUAACUUCGAAGAGUUUAAAAGGAACUUUACUGAAAGCCACCAUCUGUAGCAGUGAAUUGGUUUCCUGUAUUUCAUGGAAUCUACAUCCCUAGCUUAUCUUCAUUUCUUUUUAAAAAAUUUUAGUUUUUACCAGUAUGUAGUGGACUUCCUAUAAACACUCAGAGAGAAGUGUGCUAGAGGUAGAGUCAGUCUAGUUUUACACAAGGUUUGUUGUUUAGAUCACAAAGAAGACCUUUA